AUGGACCGUGAUUCGCUACGCAUCAAGGUCAAGCUGCUGCUUCUCGAAGAGUUUGGUGACGACUUCGAGCCGCGGCCGUUUCAGAUCAAUGCAAUCGCUGGUCUCCUCGAGCUCGACAGGAAGCGCGGAUGCACGAAUACGUUCGACGCAGUCUUCGUCGCCGCACCAACAGGGUCCGGCAAAAGUACACCUUUUGAAGCAAUAAAUCUCGUGUUCAGUGAGCGAGCAAUUACAAUAAUCAUCAGUCCCUUAAAUGCAUUGAGUGAGCAUCAGGUAAGCAAGACUCCUGCCGGCCAAUGUGUCGGGCGUCUACAGACGGUCACGCUCGGAGCAUUCAACAGGCAGCAAAGCUAUGCAUGAGGGGCAAGAUGGCCGUUGUUGCGUCCAAGAAAACUUGGAAAGACGGAAAAUUAUACGAGCAAUUGAAAGUCCCCUUUGCGAAGUUGAGUACAUCUUCAUUGUAAGCUUCAAGACCUUGUGACCUUGCAUUUUCUGCUUCAAGUUGGCUGAACACGGUCUAUUGUACGGCAUUGUUGACUUCGCAGUCUCCAGAAAUGCAUGCGCGCAACGUUCGUUGGAGUGAAUUGAUUUUCACUUCCUCAUUUCGAGAGCGGAUCAAAUUGCUGGUUUACGACGAGGCGAUCAAGAUCGCCGCCGAGUGGGGACUCACGGGACGAAAAGACCGAGUCGGCGCUAUGGCGCAUACCACCGAGGGAUCCAACCCAUUUCGCGCCGAGUAUGCUCAAAUUGUUCAACAACGUCUCCGAAUUGGUUGUCAAAUUUUGUUCCUUACUGCGGGCGCGCCACCCGACAAAAUCAACAAAAUUCUAG